AACCACAUAAGACACUUGAAAGUAACAGAAGCGGUUAUCACUGAAGUUGAACAACAACGUGACAUUUGAAAGAAAAUCAAUUUUAAAAAUGUAUAAUUUUGAGUCAUUUCUGUCCUGCGAAACAGAUGACCAAAAGCUGGAGAAUGAGUCAGUGAACCAAGCCAUCGUCGAGAAUCCAGUGACUUUCCAUUGUGGACAAUGCAACACCGUGUGGGCUGAUUCCCGAGGGGUCUGUGGAGAGGCGACAUCCGUCAACUCUCUCAUUUGUCUUGAGGUAACCCAAGAUGUGACCAUCAAUGGUGAACGGGAGUGGAGCUUGGAUGGUCGGUUCGGUGCAUGUGUGUACAACACUCUCCGUUGCUCCGGCUGUGUCUGUCGCAUGGGGGUUGUCCUCCACUCAACACCACAGCACCUGUCUGCUCUGCGCAACCUCUUUCUCCUCAAGAAAGACAAAAUGUACUGUUACAUUUUCAGCAGUGGCCAAAUGGUGAAAGCCUCUACACUCAACUUUGGUGUAACACCACUAGGAGAAGGUAUAAGUGAGCUGACGCAACUGAUCCAGGAAGUGGAAAGUAACCUUGACAAUGUGUCAGCCGUGAUGGACGACACCCGCACGAAUGACGCCACCUCGUCUGUCCAGUAGUCAAGCUGAUCCCACACGACAACCCUCCAUCAACUGGACUUUAUUCUCUUGUUCCGUGUUCUCUGUUUUUGAAGUGCCUUUUUGUAGCCUGGUUACCAGUCUGGUUGUGCCAUCAUGCCAAAAAACAACCUCAGAAUAAUUUGACUAAAUAAGAGGACGUUCCUAUGUGUGGGUGUGCUGUUCCACCAAAAUUGACAAUUUUAGAGUGAAAAUGGGAGUUCCCUCCUUGAGAUAAUGUUCAAAAGUAGCUACCUCGUAUUCUACUGUUCGAUGUGUUUGCCUCAGUUUAUGCUAAACUAUACUUUAUAAAUGUUUACUAAUGUGACAUGGCACCUUGUGUGUGUGUGUGUGUUCAGAUAUUAAAACUUAUGUAAACCAAUAAACGUCUCAAUUGCAUACUUCUAUGACCAUGUUGCAUCUUUGUAAAGCCCUGCGCUAUAAUAAAUGUUUGCUAUCCUGGAGUGUCGGUUGACAUCUCUUGCCCAGGGACUAAGGACAGACACACUUUUCCCUUUAUCUGUGCACUGAAGAGUUCAGACUUCACCUUUUACGAGAUUUGGACGAAGAGGAAGUUGCAAUCACGCACUGAAACCAGUCCGGUCGUUCGUGCUAUUGGCACCAUGCUGCUUUUUUUUUUUUUAUUGCAGAUUCUUCAGUUAAAUACCAAACCAGAAAAAGAGGCUUGUUCUAGCAUGCCCAGGGCGUCCUCUCUCUGGAGUGCAUAGUUAAACCACAAAGCACAGUACACUCAUUCGGUUGUUUACGAGUUGAUCAAUACAGUCUUUCUGCCAUAACGGUGUGAAAUAAAUAAUAGCCUGAAAUCCAGUCUAGUUGUACUAUAAUUAACAUUGUACAUCAAAAGUAAUUUGGAUCAGAACAGGAGAACAGGUGGUUACAAUGUGCUCACUGUAAUGUCAACAACCAUCCCUGUUAUUCAAGACAUGUCAAGACAACUUAUAUCAUAGGAGGUACAAUAUCAACCUUUCAGUACAUUUUACAUUUACGUCAUUUAGCAGACGCUCUUAUCCAGAAGCAUAGCUCUAUUGAGCAACACAAAUUAAAGUCGAUUAUUGCAUGCAAUACAAAAUGUAUUACUUUUACUUUAAUCAUGCAUAAUCUUUUCACACAUUCAUGCCGUUUAAAAUGACAGAUUCUAAAAAAUCUUCUGAUCCUGACCAUCGCCACAUUAUGUAGCAUUAAAAUGAGUUUUAGAACACAGUAUUCAAGACAGGUAGUGAUAAAUGCUUUACAGUGUUCUCCUUGAGGCAUCUAUUGCUUUCAGUUAUCAGGACAGGAGGUAUAAUCCCCAUGUAUACAUAAAUACAUGAUAGUUUGAUCUGGACAAUGGUGGAACAAGGAAACAGAAUGUAAAACAAGGCAUUACAAUAGGCCAACUAAAAUCAGUGGUUCUUACAGAACGCUAUUGUAUGAAUCUGACAAAUGGCACCCUAUUCCGUAUAAAAAGUGCACUACUUUUUUCUUUCUUUCUCCCAGAGCCCAAAAGUAGAGCACUGGUCCCGUUUAGGAUGCAAGCCGGAACAGAGUUUCCCCAGAAUACAGGCUGUUUUGCCAAUCCAAAAAUUCAGCCUUUUGUUUUCAAUGUGGUACCUUUAUGUCCGGUUGGGUGGUUCUUACUUGGAACAUACUGUAUUCUAAAGUAGAGUCCCAAAACGUUCUUACUUGGAACAUACUGUAUUCUAAAGCAGAGUCCCAAAACGUUCUUACUUGGAACAUACUGUAUUCUAAAGCAGAGUCCCAAAACAUUCUUACUUGGAACAUACUGUAUUCUAAAGCAGAGUCCCAAAACGUUCUUACUUGGAACAUACUGUAUUCUAAAGCAGAGUCCCAAAACGUUCUUACUUGGAACAUACUGUAUUCUAAAGCAGAGUCCCAAAACAUUCUUACUUGGAACAUUCUGUAUUCUAAAGCAGAGUAUAUUCAAUACUCUUCCCAAAACGUUGAUUAUAGCUACUAAUAUCCUAAAAAUUCCUUUAAAAAACAGAUUACAAUAGAUAAAAUACCCUCAAAAUACACAAAUCAUGCAGAAUUGUUAUUGCUUUUAAAAAAUGUCUAAUCAAAUACUUGCUUUUUACUAUAUUCUGAACAAAAAAAAAAACGGUUUGCAUUCCAGACUGAGGUAUCACUCUACCGAUACAUUACAGUAUUCUGCUAUUACAGACUAUUUUAUUGGUCAAUGACUACUGACAAUGAUGUCGAUUCUUAAGUGUUAAUUAUAUAGAACGCAUAUAGU